UUGGGGGUCGCGCUGCAAGUGCGCUCAGACCUCGCGGCGAUAUGGGGAGACGGCGAAGGUUCGCAGCCGAAUGUGGAAGUUCUGAACAAGAAAAAACUCAUCCCGGUCGUCUAUGCGCUUGAGAACGCUUCGAUAAGCGAGAAGCGCGCGAUGGGCGAAAUAUACUUCAAGCGGGUGCUCGAACCCGAUGACGCCGUGAAACUUCGCGAGGUCAUAGAGGGACUGGGUGCGCGCGCCGCUUGCGAGGAAAUGGCUGCCGGAUUCAUAGACGAGGCGACGGCAGCCGUAGAGUGUCCGGGUGUUGCAGUUGAAGGCAGAUCGCGCAUCCAAGAGUACAUCGACUCGCUCGUGGGGUAG